AUGGCUUCCAAAAAGGCAUCUAAGCCUCAGAUUCUUGUCCAGCCUGUCCCUGAAAAACGCGGCUAUGAAUUUGGUGGACCUCUAGGGGCUUUCGGAAUUGUUUUCGGUCUCCCAAUUCUCGUGUAUACCUUUACAUUUGUCUGCAAUGAUAUUUCGGGAUGUCCUGCCCCCUCGCUACUGCAUCCCUCUACCUUGACCCUCAAUCAAUUGAAAUACGAAGUGGGAUGGCCAGAGGAGGGUAUUGCAGGACUAUUUGACCUCCAAGUGACACUCUGGACCCUGAGCUACUAUGCUUUCAGUUUGUUUAUGCAGAUCUUCUUGCCUGGUCAGGAGGCUGAGGGCGUUCCACUGGCAUGUGGAGGAAGACUCACAUACAAGUUCAAUGCAUUCCCCUCUGCUAUCGUUAUUCUCCUAAGCUUGGCCAUCGGAACCUUCAUGCAAGGUGCAGACUUCGUUGUCUGGACAUUCCUAUGGGACAACUACACCCAGGUCAUUACAGCAAAUCUUCUAAUUUCGUCAACAAUUGCGCUGUUCGUCUAUUUCCGGAGCUUUACUGUCCCCCAGCCGGGAGCACUUAAUGCAAAUCUCCGUGAGCUAGCACCGGGAGGUCACACCGGCAACCCGUUGUAUGAUUUCUUCAUUGGCCGUGAACUCAACCCCCGUAUCCGUCUUCCCAUUCCAUUUGUCAGUGAAGCAUCGCGCACGGUUGAUAUCAAGGUUUUCAUGGAGAUGAGACCAGGACUGUUGGGUUGGACAAUCCUGAACUUGUCUAACGUGGCCCACCAGUACCGGACUCACGGCUAUAUUACCGAUUCAAUUCUCCUGGUAACCGCGUUCCAGGGAUUCUACAUAUUGGAUGCCCUGUACAUGGAGCCUGCUAUUAUGACUACUAUGGAUGUGAUCAUGGAUGGAUUCGGCUUCAUGCUUUCGUUUGGUGAUGUGGUCUGGGUUCCCCACGUUUACAGCAUCCAGAGCCGGUAUCUCUCAGUUUUCCCUCUCCAGCUGGGAUGGACCGGUGUAGCUCUCGUGCUGAGUGUCACCGCGAUUGGAUAUUCAAUUUUCCGCGGCGCCAAUAACCAGAAGAACCGUUUCCGUACUGACCCCAACGACCCCCGUGUGAAGCACAUCAAGUUUAUUGAGACCGCUAGUGGAUCGAGACUGAUGACAUCGGGCUGGUGGGGCUUGGCGCGUCACAUCAACUACCUUGGUGAUUGGACUAUGUCCUGGGCCUACUGCUUGCCUACUGGUAUUGCGGGUUACGCCAUCUUCGAGGGGAUCAACCCUAUUACUGGAAAGCUUGACAAGCAGGCUGUGCAGACCCCCGAAAUGCGAGGGUGGGGUAUGAUCCUUACCUACUUCUACAUGCUGUACUUUGGCGUUCUCUUGAUUCACCGUGAGAUGCGUGAUGAGGAGAAGUGCAAGAAGAAGUAUGGAGCGGACUGGGACCGCUACACCUCUUUGGUGCGAAGCCGAAUCGUCCCCGGUAUAUAUUAG